UCAACCCAGCAUCCCCAAACCCACCACCAAACCUUCCUCACAAAAGAAAUCCUAACCCAGGACCACUACAGCUCCACUCACAGUUCUCACCUAGACUACCAACCCCAUCCGCCUGCUGGUCACAAAUUCUACAGCUCCACACACUCACAUAGCUCCAAGUACAAUUCUAAUGAAUGGGCAGAUUUCAUCAAUAGUAAGCACAGCUGCUAUUUUAUAUGCAGAAGAGAGGGAACCGGACCAGGGGGAAAUAAAAUUUUGAAAUAACGCCCAGAGGAUUGAAAAUGGAAGAUAUUGAUAUAAUGUUAAUAGGCAAAGACUGAAUAAGUUCAGAGAGUUUUUUAAGAAUAAGGUUAUUCAGAGUCAAGAGAAGUCUAAAAGAUUCACCAUAGCUAAGGUUUCUGGAAGAAAUAAGUUACCUCAGCUUAAUCAAUCUCAUGAGGAUUUUGAUGAUAAGCUCAAUGCUUAUAAGGACAAUACCUUAGCACAGAGGUUUGUAGAAUUUGAGAAAUCAAGGGAGCGAAGUUUCACCAAGCCGAAUAAGAGAUCUAAAAAAACUAGUGAUUCAUUGAGAUCAUUAAAAACAGUAACGAGGACACCUAAGAAUCCUCUUCCAUACCAGAAUAUUUAUCGCAAAACUCCAAAAUUACCUAAAAAUUGCCAAAAAUAUAUUCAGAAGGUAAAAGACCUUCAUUUUUAUCCAAAAUCGAAUCUGAAUAAUCAAAAUUCUCUACAAAAAACUUUGAAAAGUUCUAACAAUUUUGAAGAAAGUUCUUUGAAGACUUCAAAUAGCAGUAAAAACCUUAUUGUAACUCUUCAAAAUCCACCAUUGAGAAAUUCCAGGAACAAAGGAACUUCAAAAGUCCGAGCAGUCACUACUGGUGAUAACCAAAUGACAAAAGCACGGUGAAAUGAUGUACUUAAGCGGGUGUUUGAAUUCAGGAACACCCAACUAGCUCAGCUACAGCAUACUAGAGAUCUUGCAACAAACUCUAAAAAGACAUUUACGCAUAUAAAUAAUUCCAACCCUACAACUAAAACUUCAAUGAAUGCACAAAAGCAGCUAGAAGGCAAGGCUAGGAGCAUACCUCACUUAAAUAUCCAAAAGUUUAAAAGAGAUCAACAAAAGAAGAGAACUCCUGAUAUACACUCAAAACACAAAUUCAUCAUCAAACAAAAACCUCUUAAGAAUAAAACAUUUACCACCGAGAAGAGUGUAACAGGAUCUGGUGAGGUCCCGCACCCUGAAUCCAAGCCAACUCGGCUGAAAUCCCUUCCAGCAGUACCUGCAACUACGGUUAAGAAGCACCAAGAGAGUAAGAAGAACAGAAAGAAAUUUGAGAAGCUACUUAAGUUUAGCUUUAAUAGCAAGCUUAAGAACCUCCAAUCAGACCUGGCAUACUAUGAAAAGGACAUAUCGUCGAAGAAGAGGCUUAAAAAGUCAGUCCAGUUUCAACUCCCAUAA